AUGGCCCUUGAUAUUAUUGGAAAGAAUUAUUUAUCAUGGGUGUUAGAUGCUGAAAUACACCUAGAUGUUAAAGGGCUUAGUGAAACAAUCAAAGAGGCUAAUGAGGCAACACCUCAAGAUAAGGCUAAGGCCAUGAUAUUCCUUCGCCAUCACCUCCAUGAAGGACUUAGAAAUGAAUAUUUAAUAUUGAAAGACCCACAAAUCCUUUGGAGUAAUCUAAAGGAAAGCUAUGUUCAAAAUAACUUCUCAAUUGAAUUAUGUGAAGAAAAUAUCACUGAUGCAGAAAUGCUGGAAAAGACAUACUCCACUUUCCAUGCAAAUUAUAUUGUCCUGCAGACACAAUAUAGAGAAAAAAAGGUUUUAAAAAAUAUUCUGAAUUAA